GUGAGGAGGCCGGAAAUCUUUUUAAGAUCUGGAGCUUCUUGAAUGAUCAAUGAACCAUUGCAUUUUGGCCUAUUUAAGAUCGUCGGUUGUGUUUUGGCAAAAGUAAAACGGAAACGAAGAAAAAGCAGAAAAAGAGGACAUAUGCCUCAGCCUCUUUCUCCCCUCCAUCACCUCCUACUACUUGCAUUAAUGGGAGGGUAUUGGGCCAUACCAACAGGCGCAGAGACUCUCCGAAUCGGCGUUCCGGCAACUUCUGCAUAUCCCAAGUUCGUGAAGGUGAAAUGUAACUGGACUUCGGACGAGAGAUGUUUUAGUGGCCACUCCAUUAAAGUCUUCCGGUUGGUUUGGGAGAAUCUGCACAACAACUUGUCUUACAAGUUCAUUCCAUAUUACGGCGACUAUGAUUCUUUAAUUCAGCAAGUUUACCUCAAGAAAUUCGAUGCAGUUAUUGGCGAUACAUCCAUAGUGGCCAAGCGAUGUCAGUACGUAGAAUUCUCCAGACCUUACACGGAACUGGGAGCAAGAAUGGUGGUGCUUGAGAAGCAAGAAGAAGGAAAAGCUUGGAUAUUCGUAAAGCCUUUUACGACAAAAUUGUGGGCCUUAACUGGGGCCAUUUUCUUUUACAAUGGCCUAAUCGUGUGGUUAAUAGAGAGUGCUGAUGAUGAAGAAGAGAUUUCCUUCUGCGAUCGAUUUGGCAAUUUGAUAUGGCUUUCCUUCACCACCCUCUUCCCUAUUCACGGGGAGAAGCUGCGUAGCAAUUUAUCUAAAAUGGCAAUGGUGGUGUGGCUGUUCGUGGCAUUGGUCUUGACUCAGAGCUACACGGCUAGCCUCACCUCAAUGCUCACUGUCCGGCGACUCAGACCGAGUGUGGUGGAUGUUGAGUCCUUGUUAAAGGGCAAAGCAAGGGUGGGGUGCGACGUUGGGUCGUUCAUGUCUAAGUACUUGGAAGAGGUGGUGGGCUUUAGCGCGGGAUGCGUGGACACGUAUAACUCGGAUCAGUACGCACAAGCACUUUCAAGUGGGGCCAUCAAAGCUGCAUUCCUUGAAAUCCCAUCCAUUCAACUCUUCCUUGAUGAGAACCCCAAGGGUUUUGCUCUCACUGGGCCCACCUACGAAAUUGGAGGAUACGCCUUUGUAUUCCCAAAGGGUUCACAUCUCGUCGAAGAGGUCUCCGAUGAGAUUCUAAGACUGAGGGAAAAUGGGACAUUGCGGAAACUAGAGGAGAAUCUACUUUCUUCUCACAAGCGUUUAAGCAUGGAUCCUGAAGAUGAUGACGAAAAUGGCAGACUGAGCCCAGAUGGCUUUUGGGGCCUCUUCGUAGUAACAGGCGGUAUGUCGACGUUGGCUCUUCUUCUAUUUCUUAUAAACCGACUCCGUAAGAAUUGGCAAUGCAAGUGUUACCCUCAGAUCCAAUCGGUGGGACAGAGAGUUGGGAAGAUUUUGGGGCCCAGGAAGAUCCACAACAAUGAUGAUCAUGGCCCACACAGCGAGGUGAUUGAGUUGCCCCAUUUCACAAGGUGCAACACUGUCUAGAGGCCUUCAACCAGGUCUCUUAUAAGUGAGUAAAGGUAGCACGUGUGGUGUACAUCUGUUUGGCGUUUGCAGAUGUGCUUCUGCAUUUUGCUGUGUUCCUCCUUGUGGAUAUAGGAUACCUAUUUAUUUAGUUGUAAAGAUGUGGUGGGUUCCCAUUUAUUUGGGUGCUACUCCUUGGCAUUUUUUUCACAGGUAGAGAGGCGCCCAGCCGUUGGAUUCUCUCCAUUUAAUUUAAAUUCUUUUCUGUGACUGUAAGCUUGUUGGCGUCCAUGUCUUUUCGGUUCUGUGCUUUCUAGCAUACGGCUCUCUCUGGGACACGGUUUGGCUACUGACGCUAGCCUGUGGGCCCCAUCAUGAUGUAUG